AUGAAGAUCAAAGCGCUCACUCGUGCGACGAGCUCAUACCAAGCACCGGGCAGUGAUGUCGCUCGUCAACCGCGCAACCUCGAUCCUGCCCUGCAUCCUUUCGAACGUGCGAGAGAAUAUACUCGUGCCUUGAACGCCACCAAGCUUGACCGCAUGUUUGCAGCUCCUUUUGUCGCACAACUAGGACGAGGACAUGUGGAUGGCGUAUACAAGCUUGCAAAGGACCCUAAUGCUCUAGAUCGCUUCGCCAGUGGCAGUGGAGAUGGAGUGCUCAAAGUGUGGGACCUACCCAGUCGAGACGAGGUGUGGCAGACACAGGCACAUGAGAAUCUGGUAAAGGGGAUAUGCUGGACGCACGAUAAAAAGCUACUGUCCUGUGGAAGCGAUAAGACAGUCAAGCUCUCCGAUCCAUACAACAGCACAUCUGGCAGUGCACCACUGGCAACAUGGCUUGGGCAGGGCGCAUUCAACGGUAUAACGAGGCACAGGACAGAGCCAGUCUUCGCAGUCUCCUCUUCUGUCAUCUCGAUCUACGACGUCAACAGGCCCUCUUCCACACCCACACAGACGUUUUCAUGGCCAACCUCAGUGGACACGAUCACCGCACUGGCUCUGAACCAGACGGAAACAUCCAUUCUCGCCUCGUGCGCGACGGACCGAUCAAUUGUAUUAUACGACUUACGAACAGCUUCUCCUCUGCAUCGAUCAGUACUCACACUCGCCUCCAAUGCAAUCAGCUGGAAUCCAAUGGAAGCAUUCAAUCUUGCUGUUGCAAACGAGGACCAUAACAUCUACAUGUUCGAUAUGAGGAAUCUGUCUCGAGCACUCAAUAUCUUCAAGGACCACGUCAGUGCAGUGAUGGACGUAGAGUUCUCUCCUACCGGUGAAGAGCUCGUUUCAGCAUCGUACGACCGCAGCAUCCGAUUAUGGAAGCGCAACGAGGGACACAGCCGAGACAUCUACCACACGAAGCGCAUGCAGCGAGUCUUUAGCUGUUGCUGGACACCCGACAACGCGUACAUCCUCUCUGGUUCAGAUGAUGGCAAUAUUCGACUAUGGAGAUCGAACGCCUCAGCUCGAUCUGGUGUGAAGAGCGCAAGGCAGAGACAGGCGCUAGAGUACAGUGACGCGUUGAGGAAUCGGUACAAGCACAUGCCAGAGAUCAGACGGAUCGCGAGGCAUAGACACGUACCGAAACAGGUCAAGAAGGCGGGCGAGAUCAAGGGCGAGGAACUGAGGAGUAUUAAGCGGAGAGAAGAGAAUGAGCGGAAGCACAGUAAGAAGGGCGCUGAUAAGGCGAGACGAAGCGAUAGGGAGAAGAUGGUGCUGGCGACUGAGAAGUGA